AUGAAAUGUCUAAUGUGUUUUAACUUGGUCAAAACGUACGUUAACACUGGAACCACACCGUUGAUUACUCAUUUAGCUACUAAGCAUACGAACGAAUAUGCAAAAUUACGCGAUGAAUUAGACGAGCACAGUGGUAAAAGACAAAAAAUCAAUCAAGAUUAUUUACCACUUGAUUCGGAUAGAUCGCAGUAUUUAACAAAUAUGGUUUUUAAAUUGAUUACUCGUGAAUUAUUGCCAUUAUGUCUGGUUGAAAGUCCUGAUUUAAAGGAUAUUAUGCAACAUGUUGAACCUGCAUACAAACUCCCAAGUCGUAAACAUUUUACAGAAAAAUUAUUGUCACAAAAAUAUGACGAAGCACGCCUACAGGUCAAAGUACGAUUUAAUGAAACAAAAUUUGUAUCAAUUACAACAGACAAUUGGACAUCUGUGGCCAAUGAAAGUUACAUCACAGUAACAGCUCAUUUUAUAACAGCUAAUUUCGAGAUGGUUAAUUUGAAUUUAACCACAUACGAAUUCCCAGGCAGUCAUACAGGUAAUCGAAUUCAUGAACAGUUGGAAAGUAUCUGUAACGACUGGAACAUAUUGGAUAAAUUAGUUUGCAUAACAACGGAUAAUGCAAGUGCUGCUCUUAAUGGUGCGAGGGAUUUCGAUGGUGUAGAAAGUUUUGGUUGCUUCGCAUAUAAAAUCAACUUAUCAGUUACGUCAGGCACCAGAAGUCAUUCUGAUACAAUUGCAAAUGUUCGUAAGUUUAUUGCCCAUGUUCGUCGAAGUACAUUAGCCUUUGAAGAAAUAAAAGUCGAACAGAAGAAGAUCAACCGUACAGAGCGAAAAUUGAUAUUGGAUGUAAGCACAAGGUGGAAUAGUACUUACUACAUGUUACUUCGUUUAGUUGAUGAAAAGAUACCUGUAUCUGCUUUCCUAUUAAAAAAAAAAAUUGCUAAACGAUUAAAAGAUGAAGACGAUGACUCGUUGAUAAUAAACUGGCAAACCAUUGAGGCUAUAACCAAAAUAUUAAAGCCAUUCGAUACUGCUACAAAGGAAUUAUCGUUCGAAGGAAAGCCAACAAUGUCAAUAUUGCUACCAACAUUCAUGCAGUUGUUACGUCUGCUUGAAACAAAUGCAUCGAAUCUUAUUGUUAAAGAAAUACAAGAUGCCAUAUGGGAUGACUUUAUCGAGCGUUGUCGAGACCUUUUUCAUAGUAAAGUCGUACAACUAGCUACAAUUUUGGAUC